AAUUCAAACAGUUCCAUGAUAUCCUUCGUCGAACGAAUAUCGAUCUCCUUACAUAGACACACGUUCCGUAUGCGCGAUCGGUCAACUUCGAUAAUUAAUUCUCUAUCGCUUCGCUACUUCACAUGAAUUACAGUUUAGAGAUUCGUUUGUGUAAAUGAUUGCGAGACAUUUGAUCUUCAAACUGUCCUCGAUGUGAUCCUUUCUCUUUUAUGUGCUAGUUGAUGAGUAUGAGUGAUAAAAGAGAGAAAAAAAAGAAAAAACUAAGUUUGCAAAGAAGAUCAGCUCUGUCGUUUGAAAUAAACGGCUCGAUCGACCUCGAACACAUUUUAGAAAUUAGUCCGUGGAAAGAUAUCAACAAAUUUGAACAAGACGAGGCCGGUUGCAUCCAAAGCUUGUUGAACGAAUUCAGUAGUAGAAUUGAACAAGAAAAAUUAUACCCCGCGGAAAAAAUGCCUAAACAAAAUAUCAAAAAAGCGAAAAAAACGUUGAAAGAUGAGUCGCAAAUCAGCAAUGCCGACUCAAAGGAGUAUUCAGUAAUCAGGUCCGAGUUAUUGACAUUCAAACAAAGUGAAAUCGUGCCCGAAAGUGACGGAACGGAAAACCAAAAGGAUAUAUUACACACGAGCACUCCCAAUGAACAUGCAGAAAAUUUAAGUGAAAAGAAAUCGAAAAAAAAAAAAUCGGUUUCGAAAAAGUUAAUGAAGGAUUCUGAGGAUGAAGCGGUACAAACUGUCCCACAGAAAAUAUCAGAAAAGAAACAGAAGAAAACAAAAACCAAAGAUGAUGAAGAACACAAGAAAAAGGGCAUCAACAAGAGUUCUAACGAAAAUUUGACGGAAAUGGAUUCAAACAAAGCAAGAGAAGCUUCAAAGAUGAUAAAAGAUAUAGUAAAGAUAAGUAGUCGAAUGAUAGAGCUUACAAGAAAAAUGUUACGCAUAAAAACCAAAUUAGAGAGUUUAUUGCAGUCUUGUCCUUUAUCUGACGAAUCAUAUUUAUCAGAUGAGUCAUACACGUCUUCAGUAAAAACAAACAUGUCGUCAGAAACGAAUUCCGAUUCAGAAUCGUAUAGCGAUACACCAUCGUCGAUAGAAAUGACUUCCGAUUCAGAAUCGUUUAGCACGUCGACAAAUAAUAAAUCUGAUAAAUACAAUAAAAAAUCUACAAAGUCAUCUAAAUUACAAAAAAAAUAAAAA